UACUUCAUGCCACCACCACAAUCGUUAGUACAUUUCUACUGCUUUUAGUUUCUGUUUUCCUGUUUUUCAGCUACUAUUUUCGGAAAGAUGUUUUUGCCCCCUCCCCAUCCAAUUUCUUCAUUUUCUCACAUUUUUCCGUAACUCUAACCAUAAAAUCCCAACCUUAACCCUAACCCUAAAACCCUAAAGCUAAAACCAGUACAAACGCACGAACGAUGUCAUAAAUAACAGUGACAAAUGAAGUAUACACCGCCGAUAGUUGUUGUUGACAAACAACGACAGUAAUUUUAUUCAGCUGAAUACACGUCAUUGAUUGGUUGAAAUUACCGAAAUACGACAACUUUAACACGAAAUAACUUUGAAAAUAUAAACUUUUGUCAACAUCAGGUGCAGGAGUGCAAAUGCAAAUUAAGUUAGAAGAUGCUGCCUUAUUAGAUUUGAUGUAUCACCAGAUGAAAGGAACAGGCAUUUGGAGAGUUUAUAAAAUGGUUAAAGAACUUGACAAAGACAAGGUCCUAAAUGCUGAUAGCCUGCAACAAUCACUUUACCAAAGCCUUUCCAAAUUGUAUAAUACUAGUGUUACUGUGAACAUCUUUAAUGGAGCUUUGUGGUGUAGAGUUAUGAUCACUGAGUACAAUUCUAAAAAAAAUAUGUAUCAGUUGAAUAUAUCGUUUUUAGUUUAUUAUCCAACAUUACCAAUAAUCCUAGUGAAAUUCCUUAAAGAUCCCCUCCUUGGCAUUGUGAUGGAGGAAAUUUUGGAUUUUAUGGGAUUUUCUGAUUACAAAAGAAUGCAGUUGAGUGGCAAGGAUGUCAGUUCAUUGGCUACAAUGGCUUUGAAUAACUUUUCUAAGACAAAAUCAUCUGUACUUUUGAAGCACAGCAAAAAAAGAAAAGUAACUGACAUAUGGGAAGGUGAUGACAAAAUUAUUUCUGAGCAGAAAAAUCAGAAAGAGAGAAAAGAAGAAAUAAUAGAAACCUUCCUUGGUCAAGAAGAAUUACCAAUUUUAGAAAAUAUUAAUAUUUCAAUGAGAUAUCCAAAUGAUGAUAAGUUUCGUGGAUUCAACAGCAAAGUUCAGUUUUCUGGUCCACAUGUUCUGGAAGGCUUGCGUGAUAUGAUCGAAACAGAAAAAAUUAAACACACACUUCCUGCUUACCUAUCACAGCUGCUAAUUCUUGGAAGAGACCAUAUAAUUUUAGGAUGCAACUAAUAAAGAUGUUUGUAGCUAUAAACUAUUAAACACACUCACACACAGACAUAUACUUAUAAAAAAUGUAUGUAUACAGAUAUACAUGUGUGUGUGCCUGUGGGUAGAUUGGUGUGUGUAUUUCUACAUACACAUGUAUAUAUGUAUUUGUGUGCAUGUAUAUAUUAGUAUGUGUAGGUGAGUAUGCAUGUAUGUAUCAUCAUUAUCAUUUUAACAUCUACUUUCUCUUGCUUGCAUGGGUUGGAUAGAGUUUAUUGAAGCAGAAUUUCUACAUCCAGAUGCUUUUUCUCACCUGUUUCCAAGUCAAGUAAUAUUGCCUCAUAGCCAGACAUGUUUUUAGCAGAAUGUUGGAAAUGAAUGUCAUUCAUUUACAACAAUCAUGCAAUAUCAAGACAAAGAGACACAAACACACAUACGUGCGCGCGCGCACACACACACACACACACACACACACACACACACACAGAAGCAUUUUCCAAAUCCCACUCAGAAGGCUUUGGUUGACCUGGGACUAUAGCUGGAGACACUUGCCUAAGGUGCCUUACAGUGGAACUGAGUCCCAAACUCUAUGAUUGGGAAACAUAUGUGUGUGUGUAUCUUUGUUCAUUCACUUAAAAAAUGAAAUGUUCUUAAAAAUGGCAAUGAGAAGCUUGGAGUAAACUGAAAAACAGGUUUAAUGUUGUUCUUAUAUACUUGUGUAUGUGUAUACAUUAUAUGGCAUAAUAAAAGAAAAACAUGAGACCUUGUUGAUGUAAUGAAAAUUACUUUAUUCAAGGCUUAUUGUCAAAUCAUCAGAGAUGUGUAACUUUUACAUGUAACUUGAUUGGACUGAAAAAUGUUGACAGAAUUUACCAUCUCCAUGACAGUAAACUUGCUGUCUCCAUGAUGGGGGAAUUCUGUCAUCCAAUAAUGUUAAGUAUAAAAGUUAUGCAUCUGACGAUUUGACAGCAAGACUUGAUAAUGUACUUUGCAUUAUAUAAUUAAUAAUGCCUCUAUGUUAAUGGAUCAUAUAUAAGAUAGUGGACCUAAAUAUCUUUCAAAUAAUCUCUCAUUUUUGUUGUUUUCCACAUAUAUUUAGUAGAACACUCAAACCCAGAUUCCAUACCAAGGGAUACAAUUACAAUACAUGAACAGAAAUAUAAAUGGUGUUCUAAAUACUGGUUAUCUGUUACAAAAUUUAAGGUUUGAAUUGCACUAGAUGAAUGUAUAUGUGUGUGUGUAAUCAUGCACACACACACACACACACACACACACACACCUUUUUAUCUUUUACUUGUUUCAGUCAUUUAACUGCAGCCAUGCUGGUGCAUCACCUUGAACAUUUUAGUCAAACAUAUCAACCCCAGGAAAUAUUCUUAAGCCUAGUACAUAUUCUGUCAGUCUUUUUUGCCAAACCACUAAGUUAUGGGGAUGUAAGUGCACCAACACCGGUUGUUAAGCAGUGAUGGAAGACAAACACAGAGAGAAAAAUACGCACACACACACAUACACACACACACAUACAUAUAUAUAUGUAUAUAUAUAUAUAUAUAUAUAUAUAAUCAUAAAUAUACAGGGAUUAGCAUUGAGUUGCUUCUCCAACAUACUAAAAAUUUAGAAAUAGCAGUCAAAGAACUACUUGAUUCUAAACUACAAAUUUUUCUCUAAACUGAUGGCGAUAUUUAUGGCACACAUAGAACAUACAUACAUAUAUACAUAUAUACAUAUAUACAUGCAUACAAUAGCCUUCUUUCAGUUCCCAUCUACCAAAUCCAGUCAAAAGCUUUGAUCAGGUGAGGCUAUUGAAAACACUUGCCCAAGGUACCACACAGCCAUGUCUGCACCUUUUUUUUUUUUUAAUCUACAUACAUGUGCAGCACUUUUUGUGUGGCAGAUUUUCUACAGCCAGAUACCCUUCCUGUCACCAGCCUCCACUUGUUUCCAAGUGUGGUAGUGUUUUCCCUCCUCUUUGUUAGGAAGCACAAGCACUUUCACUCACAUACAUGAUGGUAAUAUUAGCCUACCAAAUCUUUUGUCAGCCUGUGACAUUUUAUUCUAUUAAUAUUUAUAUUCAUAGAAUGUAUUUCCCAUAUUGUAAUGAAACACGUGUAACAAGGAAUUAAAAUGAUACCAUAUAUUCUAAUCUUUGUUUUAAUGCAUACUUGGUCUGCAAGCUCACCAGGUAUCUCAACUUCAUUUAAAAUAAAACAUCUACUUACAUUCAU